UUAUGAUUGUUGCAGAUUGUUACUUUAAUUUAAUUUAGGUGAAUUGUAUGCACUUGUUAAGUCAUCGACUGCCAUUUUUUGGUUUUUUGUUAUACGUCUGUCCUCUCCCAUGCUACUCUACAUGCUACUCCUGUGCAUAAAGUAACUUUUGGCCAGACACAAACCGGAACAACUCACAGGUCUUACAAUCACAAUGGCGGCAGUGGCCAGUCUAAAGCAUAUUUUUGGUUACCGAACCGGAAUUUCUGGAUCUGUCGUGUUUCUUGAUGAUCAGACCAUUGUCUAUCCAUGUGGAUCAAAUUUAGUCCUAUACAACCUCGAGCAAAAAACACAAAAAUUUAUUGCAGGUUUGGAAAAGUCUGAAGGAAUGACAGCUCUUGCCAUCAGUCCAAACAGAAGGUACAUUGCUCUUUCUGAGAAAACUUCGGAUAAGCCUGUUGUAACCAUAUAUGAUGUACAUGCUCUACGCAAGAAAAAAACAUUGCACACUCCUGAUACUCAUUCCAAUGAAUUUGUUAGUGUAGCUUUUUCCCCAGACUCAAAAUAUCUUGCAGUACAGAGUGGGAGUCCUGAUUGGACUUUAACAUACUGGUCCUGGGAGAAACCAAAACAACUCGCUAGUGUGAAGACGUCUACAACCAACCCCAUCAAACAAAUCUCUUUCAGCCCUCAAGAUUGUACAUUGAUAUGUGUUGUUGGCACUGAUAUCAUCCGUUUGUAUCGCUAUGGGGAAAACAAUCUCAAAACAUAUGGCAUAAAUAAGGUUGAACCUCGAAACUUCCUAUGUCAUACUUGGAUUGAUGGUGAGAAAAUUGCCGCCGGAACUGAUGACGGACGAUGGAUAUUGGUAGAAAACGGGGAAUCAAAAUCGGAAUAUAACAUCUCUGCUAUGAAUGAAAAAAGCGGAGCGAAUCGGGAAAGCAAAGAUAAUAUACAAACAAAAAUGAGUAUAACAGCAUUAGCAUCUACAUCAAAAGGUUUAUUUGUAGCUACUUCAUCUGGUAUUGUUUAUUGGUUUGAACAUAUUACUACAGAUAAUUUACAUCAACAAUCACAGCAACAUUAUGUUAAACAUGAUAAACCUACCAUCACCACGACGACGACGACCACCACCACCACCACAACAACAACAACAACAACGGGUACAACUAAUCAAUCAAAAGAUGAAUAUCAAUUAACAAGUAGUAUCUAUGUCCCUGAAGAUUUAAUAAUCAAUAAAGAAUCUGAUUUGUAUAUAAAUCAAAUGAUUAUACAAUUACAAAUUAAUCCAUCAGAAGAUUUACUUAUUAUGGCAACAAAUACACAUCAAUUAUACCAAUUUAAUUUAAACAAUAUUGAUACAAAUAUUAAUAAUAAUACUACUACUAAUAAUAAUAAUAGUAGUAAUAAGGAACACCAUGUAUCCAAUGAAACAUUAAGAUUUAUACCAGUAUCUCAAUCAUUUCAUAAUGGACAAAUAAUUGGUAUGGAUGUAUGUCUACGUAAACCAUUAAUAGCUACAUGUUCAACCGAUAGAACAGUAAGAAUAUGGAAUUUUGAAACCAAUGAUCUUGAAUUGAUAAAACAAUUCGCUGAAGAAGUAUUCAGUGUAGCACUUCAUCCAACCGGUUUAUUUAUAUUAGUUGGUUUCAGUGAUAAAUUACGUUUAAUGAAUAUAUUACUUGAUGAUUUAAGAAUAUUUCAUGAAUUUCCAAUACGUAGUUGUCGUGAAUGUGCUUUCAGUAAUGGUGGACAUUUGAUUGGUGCAGUUAAUGGAAAUGUUAUACAAAUAUAUUCAACGACAACAUUUGAUAAUUUAAUUAAUUUAAAAGGUCACAAUGGUAAAAUACGUUCUAUUAUAUGGUCAAAUGAUGAUCAUAAAUUAAUAUCUUGUGGAUUAGAUGGUGCUGUUUAUGAAUGGGAUACACAAAAAGGUACACGAAUGAAUGAAAAUGUAUUGAAAUCUUGUAGUUAUACAAGUGUAACUGUUUCUCAAGAUACUAAAACUGUUUAUGCUGUUGGUUCAGAUAAAACAUUAAAAGAAAUAAGUGAUUCACAAAUUAUUCAUGAAAUACAAUCUACUGAUUAUUUAUUGACAACAGUAGCUAUUUCACAUUCUGGUCGUAUGUUAUUUUGUGGUUGUAAUAAUGGUUUAAUUAGAUCAUAUCAAAUGCCAUUAACAGAUCAUUCAGAAUGGCAAGAUUAUAUUGGUCAUUGUGAUAAUAUAACCAAAAUGAAAAUGGCAUCAUUUGAUGAAUAUCUAAUAACUGUUUCUAAUGAUUGUUCAAUAAUAAUAUGGAGAAUACAAGAUCGUGAAUCACGUUCAACUAAAACAGAUAAAGAAAAUUUAUGGAUGGAAGAAAUAUUAAUUACUAAAUCAGAUUUAGAAGAGAAAAAUUCAAUUAUCAUUGAAUUAAAAACACGUAUAGAUGAAUUAAAAUUAGAAAAUGAUUAUCAAUUACGCUUGAAAGAUAUGAAUUAUAAUGAACGUAAUAAAGAGUACAUGACGCGCACGAGACUGAUAAUUCCUGGUUUCGAAUCUCAGGGCGGUGGGAUGGAAAAACGAAUUUUUGAUUUAAAGAAAAAAAAUCAAGAAUUAGAAAAAUUCAAAUACGUUUUAGAUUAUAAAAUUAAUGAAUUAAAAAAACAAAUUGAACCAAGAGAAAAUGAUAUAAAAAUUUAUAAAGAACAAAUACAAGAUAUGGAAGCUGAAUUACAACGAUUUCAUAAACAAAAUGAUCAACUUGAAAUAAAUAUUACUGAAUUAAAACAAAAAUAUAAAUCAGUUGAAAAUGAAUUAAAACUUGAACGUCAAUCAACUAGAGAUGUUGAAUCAAUAGUUCGUCGAUUAAAAACAGAUUUAUUCAAUGUUGUUGGAUUAAUUCAAGAACCAAAACAAUUAAAAGCUGGUAUAUUAGCAUUAUAUAAAAAACAUAUUCAUGAGGAUAUGACUGUAGAUGCUACAGCUGAUGCUGAUAUUCAAAAAGAAUUCUUCAGACAACGAGAACAUCUUGAAAGAUCAGUUGCUGGAUUAAGAAAGAAGUUGGCACGUGACAGUGAAAUGCAUCGAUCUGAUUAUGUUCGUAUUAUGCAAGAAAAUGUUACUUUAAUUCAAGAAAUUGAUAAUUUACGUACUGAACUUAAAUUAUCCCGUAAUCAUAUUAAUGAUUUAGAAGCUUUACUUGGUUUAAAUCGUAAAGAUGGUGAUAAAACUAAACAAUUAUUAAUACAAUUAAAUAAAUCACAAUCUAAUUCUACAAUACUUGAAUUAAAUUAUGAACAAACUCAACGUAUAUUAAAAGCUCAACAAUUAUUCAUUAAUACAUUACAAAUGAAAUUAGAUCAAUCUAUUCAAUGUUAUAAUAAUAAUAAUAAUAAUAAUACAAAUGAUUUAUUAAAAGAAUUACAAUCAGCAGCUUAUUCUACAAAAACAAAAUCGCCAUUAUCUUCAUCAUCAUCACCACCACAACCGCUGCUGCCGCCACCGCCACCGCCACCACUACCGCCACCACCACCACCACAGCCAGCAAUAACAACAAUGAUGACGACAACAGUAACCACAGAAACAAUACAAUCAAGACCUUAUUCUGGAUCAAUGAUUCUACCACCGAUUAAUCAUAAUAAUAAUAAUAAUAAAUCAAUAACUGAAAUAACAGAUCAGAAAACAUAUAAAUCUGCUUAAUUUCAUUGUCCAUGAUGGAGAUUACUGAAAAACACAAGAUAAUGAUAUGUUACCAAGAAAAUGAUAUUGUUUUAAAUGUUGUGAAUGACUGAUCCAUUUAUUAUACAUGAACUUGAACAGAAUUAAAUAAAUAAUAUUUGGAUGAAAUUGAAUAAGAAUCUAUUUAUAUUACUAUUAUGAUUAU